CAUCAUGGAGGCUGUCAGUGGACGGUCGGACGGGCCGUGUGUCCUGGACCGGGACGCUCGGGACACGUUCAACACGCAUCAUUUGAACAUUUACUAAAGCGAGCCGGAAGAGGAUUUGUCUGCGGAGAUGCUUGUUUUCUGCUGCCAGAGUGGGCUUUUUUCUCUCAUCCUGGCGAGAAAACACUGACAGUUGUGGAAUGCCAAAGGAACAGGGGCAUUUAGGGGAGCGGGCUGCCCACAGAAUCUCAAAGAAUGCUAAGGAUAAAACUAACAGGUCCACGCUGCGGGCAUCUCAGGGUGGCAGCGAAAGGCAGCAAUCUGGAAUGGGUGAUGUGGGCAGCCGCAUGCUGCGCUGCCACUCAGAGAAGGACUCUGAAAAAGACUCAGGAUACUCAGAGGCAGGUUCUGACUCUGUGCACACGGAUGUAGACGACCAACGCAGCAGCGUGAGCGAACCUCACAGGGAACGCAGCAAAACCUCGAACAACAACAGUGGUGCAGGCAACAACAUCACUACUUACGAGGAGCUCACCCCCAUUUACGUCUUCAAAAAUCUGGUGGUGAAGCCGUCUAGACCGGAGCAGCUUCUGCACGGCCCCCUGGCGUGGGGUGGAGGAUGGCACAGCCUGACCAGCGGCAAAGCACCCACCCAACUCCUGCUGAUCCAGCAGCCGACAGUGCCUACCCCCUCCUCCACUACCACAACACCUUGUCUCGCCCCCCCACAGUGUCAAGUUAAAAAAGGAGGUAGUCACAGCAACCACAGCAGCAAGAACUCAUACCUGCCCAUCUUGAAUUCUUACCCUCGCAUUGCCCCCCACCCCACCAAGGAUGUCCAUCAGGGCAAGGGUGCCACAUGGGUAGACGGGGUUAAAGAGAGCAGCAGUGAAGGCCAAAGCCAGAGUAAGAGGGUGUGCAUUGAGGAAGAGAAGAGGGAGACUGUAUCCACCAGCAGCCACCUCCUGAGGCCCCAGCAUCAGAAAGAGGGCAGAGUCCACUCCCAGCAUAACGGCAGAGAAGGCCGUAACUCCUGCCCCAGCUACGCCUCCUCCACCACCCAACACAAGUCCCACCACAGCCAACAGAGCUCGGGGUCUGACAGCAUACACUCAUCCUCCGUUUCUAGCUCCAAGACACCCUCGCUGCCUUCUUCCUCCGAAUCUCCCUCAUCCUCCUCUCCCCCCUCCUCGUCUCCCUCUUCUUCAGCAGCUCACAGCCCAUAUCGCCUGACUCCAGACAGCUCGUCCACACGCCAUCGCCGUUUCCUUAACACAGCAGACAUCCUCAACCAGUCGGGCCUCUUGGCCAUCACACUACGCACUAAGGAGCUGUUGAAACAGAACGCAGCCACUGAGAGAGAAAUUGCCCAGCUUCGUCAGCACACCCACCUCCUGUGCCGCGCGGCAGGCAACGAAGGCUCGGACGGCUUGGACAAACUUCUCCAGGCCAUGAGUGAGUCAAGCUCAUACCCCAACUUAGACUUAAAUCACCUGAAAGUACUUACUAGCAGCUGCCAACAGAGAAAGACUAGAAGUGAGGAAGACCAAGAGAAGGAUAAUAACAGUGGAGGCAUGAAGACACACAGCAGCCCAAUCCAGGUGGUGUCUUUGCACAACAUAGAUGAUGGAACAUCACCACCGUCUCCACUGUUUGCUCCCUCACCAGACACGCAAGAAACAGAGCAUGCAGACAGUCCUCUGGACCCCGUGCCCACCUCUCACUCUGUUUAUUUUCCCAGGUCUGGCCCUGAAUAGAAACAUAGACAGCCGUUUGUGGACAAGGAUUUAAGUGCUCUCACUAUGUUUCCAGAGAGCUUCAUACACAUCAGCUUGAGUUCCUUUGGGAAGAGAUCGUGGAUCUGUAAAGGAAACAUGAGGACCUAGCAAUACAUGAGAGCAUGGGAUGGUUUGAAUUGUUGAAAAUACCAGUGCAAAGCAGAAUAUAACUGGUUGCAUAGCUUGGAGGAAUGAUUUUUGGAUUUAUGCUCAUGAUUUUAAGUUGAAUGUGACUGAAGUACUUUGUUACUUUGAAGUCAGGGAUUUGCUCAUUCCAGGUGUCAGUUUCUCAACUAUAUUUUUGUCUUCUUUAGAGAGGCCUGUCAUACGUUCAGUCAGACAACUGAAACAUGUUUACAGAGAAAAACAUUAAUCAAGUCCUGUUGCUGUUCCACUCAGACCACUCAGGUCUGUUGUGGAGAUUGCCAGUAAUUAUAGGCUGACAGUAAUUGCUUGCUUUAUUACUACCGAAGAAAAAAAGUAAUUCGUACAGGAGCUGAUGUGCUUUCAGUUGUUUACUACAGUAUUUUACUAAUGCUUUGGGUUAGUUUUCACAGGAGUUUGAAUAUGCAACACUCGCAAUUCACAGAACUGAUCUGGGUUUCUGAAUUCAUCCCAACAACACAAAAUGCUUAAAUACAGAGUGCAGUCGUGACUCGAUAAUCCGACCCUUAACAAUCUGAAAAC